AUUCGCAGACAUUAGAAUCCAAAUUAAACAAGUUAAAAUCAUGAGAACUUCAAAUCCUGUAGAGAAAGAAACAAAAACCCCAAAAUAAUAUAUAAUUCAGCUUUUGGCUCCUUAAUUAUCAAAGAAAACUCAAUUGAUUGCAGCAAAGAAUCAAUCUCAUGGGUACUGAAGUGAAAUUGUAUGGAGUAUGCGCUAGUCCAUAUAAUUGGAGAGUGGUGUUAGCACUAAAACAAAAGGGCAUAGAGUUUGAGUUCAUAGAAGAAGAUUUAUCCAACAAAAGUCAAAUGCUUCUUGAGUACAAUCCAGUACACAAGAAGAUCCCUGUGCUUGUUCAUGGUGGAAAACCAGUCUGUGAGUCCAUCGUCAUCCUUGAAUACAUCGAAGAAAAAUGGCCACACAACCCCUUGCUGCCCAGUGAUCCUUACGAGAAGGCUGUUGCUAGGUUUUGGCUCAAGUUUGCCAACGAUAAGUUUCCAGCAAUCAUAAGAAUGGUCCUUGCUAGUGGUGAAGAAAGAGAAGAAGCUAUAAAGGAAACCUUAGAAAUGCUGCAAACUCUAGAAGAACAUGGCUUAAUAAGAGAGAAGAAAUUCUUUGGAGAUGACAAGAUUAACAUGGUGGACAUAGCAUUUAGUGGAAUUGCACGCUACUUGGAACCCAUUGAGUCAUAUCUAGGGAUCAAACUACUUGAAGCCGACAAGUUCCCUAAUUUACUUGCUUGGAUCAAUAAUUUCAAGGAAGUGCCUAUUGUUAAGGACACCCUUCCUCCUCUCAAGCCUCCACAAAAGAAAUUAGACUAAGAAUUGUGUUAGGAAAUAUAUGGAUGUGUUGGAUAACUAUGGUUGUUCACGUAAGUAUUGAUGUCUUUAUAAAAAUAAAAUUUUCUCUCCAUAUAGAUAUAUAUGUGUGUGUCUUUGUAACUACAAAUAAAAAGUUUGAACAAAAUUAUUAUUCCUCAUA